ACAGUGGGCAGCGGGCAGCCGCCAGCGCCAAGGAGCUUCUUCUCUUGCUUCUCCGCUUCCCGAUCCUUCUCCCGGAGGCCACUCACUGGCUCCGCGGACUCGUGCGCCAGACACCCUUGGCCACUUGGUCACAUCCCGCCGGGCUACUUGGAAGGCACUUCCCCGGAGCUCAAAGUUGCCCACCGUGCACAGUGCACGGUUAAACCCGGCGAGUGAGCUCGGACUGCAGCACCGGCGCUAGCGCUCGGCAACUUUGAGGAAAAGAGCGGCAGUCCCCGCAGCGGACCACAGCAGCUACCAUGACUCCCUGGCUUGGGCUUGUCCUGCUCCUGAGCUGCUGGAGCCUUGGGCACUGGGGAACGGAAGCGUGCACAUGCUCGCCCAGCCAUCCCCAGGAUGCCUUCUGCAACUCCGACAUCGUGAUCCGGGCCAAAGUGGUGGGAAAGAAGCUGGUGAAGGAAGGGCCCUUUGGCACUCUGGUCUACACUAUUAAGCAAAUGAAGAUGUACCGAGGAUUCAGUAAGAUGCCCCAUGUGCAGUACAUUCACACAGAAGCCUCUGAAAGUCUCUGUGGCCUUAAGCUAGAAGUCAACAAAUACCAGUACCUGCUGACAGGGCGCGUGUAUGAAGGCAAGAUGUACACAGGGCUGUGCAACUUUGUGGAGAGGUGGGACCACCUCACACUGUCCCAGCGCAAGGGCCUCAAUUACCGCUACCACCUGGGUUGCAAUUGCAAGAUCAAGUCCUGCUACUACUUGCCUUGCUUUGUGACCUCCAAGAAUGAAUGUCUCUGGACCGACAUGCUCUCCAAUUUCGGGUACCCUGGCUAUCAGUCCAAACACUACGCCUGCAUCCGGCAGAAGGGUGGCUACUGCAGCUGGUACCGAGGAUGGGCCCCCCCAGACAAGAGCAUCAGCAAUGCCACAGACCCCUGAACCCAGACCUGUCCCACCUCACCUCCUUCCCAUCCCGCUGAGCGUCCCGGACACUAACUCUUCCCAGAUGAUGACAAUGAAAUUAGUGCCUGUUUUCUUGCAAAUUUAGCACUGGGGGACAGUUAAAGUCUCUGCCGUUUAUGGAGUUGAUUUGGAAAUACCUUCCUGGUCCCGCCCCCUUAUACCCCGUCUUUUUGGUUUUGACAUCACCCAUUUCCAACUGUGGAUCUCUGGUGCCAAGCCAGAAAGAAUGAGGCAUGUAUACACACCUCUUCUUCAUGAUAUAUAAUCUAUAUUUUUUUAGGAAAACAGAAAUUGAAAAAUCUACCCCAUUGGGGCAUUUAAUAGCUACUCUUCUUUCUUCUUCCUCUCUUGACCACAUCCUAGACCGCACUUCCAUAGACACUUCUUCAUCCAAGUACACAGGAAGCAUGGAUAAGGAAGUUGGCAGAAGUCCAACUGUUUCCCCGAUCAGCCAAGGGCAGCAAGCAGACAGACGCCAGGUAUUUGAAGGCCUUAUACACAGAGGAUAUACAACUGUGUGUCUGGAUCAGACAGUCUGUCUAUGUCUGCAUGUCAGAUUGAGGGAGGGAAGGGACAGACUGUAGGAGUGGGUCACACAGUUUCCCAGUCCUGUGAUUCUUGGGUUGACCCGCUGUUUCAGGUCCUGGAACAAGCAUCCAAGAGUAGCAGAACUUUCUGAGUUGGCAAAGACUUAAACAUCUGCCCGAGUUCAGCAGGCAACCUGCCUGUUUGUAUAAAAAAACUCAGACGAAGGGCUGAGACGAACGUCUUUCCUCUCCUGCCUCCCAUGAGACAGUCUCCUGGGAAUCCUAGGCUGGAAGCUUGCAAACAUGUGAGCUGGAGAAACACACACCUGACACCAUCCACAGAUAUAGUCAAGUAGAUUUGGGUAGAGAAUACUAUUUCCAAAGUAGUGUUUAGCUCAUCUAGGGGGAUGUGUUUAUAUAUACAUUUGCAUAUACCCACAGGGGAUUAUGAGCUAAUUUUUUUAUAGGACACAGAAUUCUAUUCAAUGCUGUUAAAUAUGCAAAUAGUUUAAUCUCUUUUGUUGUUGUUUGAUGGGAAAUUGUGACAUUCCAAGUUGACUUUUUUUUUUUAUCUGAAUUAAAAUUUGAAACUCUGACCACACUCAGCACCCUCUUGUCCCUAUCACUGGGGUUGUUUGACCCUUCAUCUCCUUUUUCCUUCUGCUUUGUGUUUGGGGUGCCCUUCACUUAGUUGCCUUACUAGCCGGCUGAUGGCAGGUGAGUGUGAGUGUUAGGGCAGGGGCUGUCUCAUGAAAGGGACAGUUGCACAUCAUCCUACAUCAGUGGAAUGACUCCUCUCCUGGAUCUGGGGACAGCAUAUACUUCUUCCCCAGCUCAGUCAUGGGUGAACGUCACCUCCUGAGAUGGUCACCUCAGAGAAGGAACACGGUUGGUUACUGAGGGAGCCAGGCUCUGCCAACAAACUGUAGGCCUUUUGUUGUGUAGUAUUUUUGUUUUUUAAAUAAAAGUAUAGUAUAAAUUUUCCUAUUAAAUAAGAUUAUUUUAAGUUUUACUGUCAAAAUUGCAAUGCCCAUUGUAGGUAAGGGUGUACUAUACAGAUUUGGAGAUGGUAAGGUGGUGACAUUUAACACAAUUACACUGUCUUUUUUCAGGUUAUGGGUAUAUAUCCUCUAUUAGUAUCAUAUCUUUUUCAUUCCACUUUAGGAAACACAGUUACCAGUUAUAAGUAGAGAGAGAGAGAGAGAGAAAGACAAGUUCUAGUCUGCCUCUACCCCACACAUACCACUUCUUUGUCCAGGGGUUUGACAGAAUAGCAGGCCCGGAAGACAGUUGAGGAGAUGGGUGUCAAGUUUCCUCUGGGUAGAUUUCAUUCCCCGGCAUCCUUCCCCUGUGCUGACAGGGAGCAGAAGGCGCAACGCUUUCCAUGGUGUGGGGCAGAAGGAGCCGAGGUCAGCAAGCCAGUGGUUCUUAAGAGGUAAACCUCUGACUUACUGUUGGAAGUUGUCUCUUUCAACCUCAGAGUCUCCUAAUAUGGCGCUCCUGAUCUACCCUGCUCAAUGCUCUCCCGUAUGUACACCCCAGCCUCUUUCCCAAGAAGUCUCUGGCCAUUCUCAGUCCCUGUGUGAUCAGCCUCCCUCCUACCCGGACAGACUUGAGGUGAGGCCUAAGUAUGAGGCACCUGAAGUUAACCUGAAGAUAAAACCAUUGGCAGAACCACGGCCCCAGGUGGCUGUUGAGGUCUUGGCGAGAAGUCCUGGGCAAGGAAGGUCUUUCGUAAAGUCACAUCAUUGGAGAGCCGUUUUUGCGCUUUCAAUAAGCUAUAGCUUUGUUUCUUUCUCCUGUUCACUUACUGUAUAAUUUAAAGUCAUUUAUGUAGCUGAGACACUUUGUUAUUUCAAUCAUAUCGUGAAUGUUUUAUUUUGCUAAAUCAUGUGCCAUGUGUAGGCUGUCGUGUGUACACUGUGUCUAAGAGAAGAAGAAAAGAAAGAAAGAAAAAAAACCCCACAUGCCAUUUUUUUUUCCUGAUUCAAAUUCUACAGUAGAAUGGAAGGCAGAAUACUGGGGCUCGAGCACUCAGCUGGAAUAAAGAUUCAAGGAAAUGGAAAGUACUAGAAACAGACUCCUCCAGCCUCCUCCCCAUGGGAUCCUAAGGGUGGGAAGGAGAAAAAGAACAAAAGUACACUGAUGUCCUUGUCCUGUAUCAACUAUCCCUGGGUCAUCUGCCACCCACUUUCCAAGACCUUUCUCCUACUCAACCAGGAAGCCGUGGUUUCUGCAAUCCAGGGCCAUGGCAACUGUGACUCCAAGCUCUCUCUGUCUCAUCCAGUCAACUUUUCUGCCUCCUAACCAAGGAAUUCCUCUACGCAGGCUCUUGUUGCCCAGGCUAGCCCUCUUUUUCAGCCAGGAUGUGGAGCUGAAGGAGACCCUAGUGUUUACUUUCUCCAGUCCUAGCUCUGCCAUAUAAACACUGUUUCAUGCUGUGCUUCUUAAAUGAUAAAGGACACAGUGACUUUUGGGGAUAGAUUUGUCUGGGAGAUGAUGUGAGUCCGGGAGGCAUUACUCUUCCCUGCCUCACAUCAAGGUGCCAUUCAGGUAUUUGGCUCCUAGCUACUUAAAGUUAAAAAUAAUCACUCUAAUAUUUGUAUCAUAGAAACUCAAAAAAAAAAAAAAAAGAAAAGUCACAGAAACAUAAUCAAAUGGGAGAAGGCAGGAGAGAAUGGUCUCAACAGAUUUAAGUUGGCUGUUGGGACUGAGGAGGAGAGGACCUGAUGAAAAGACCAUGCUCUGGGGACAGGGAUACCUUAGAUUCUCUGUCUACUUUUCUUCUAACAAGUCAGCUGUGCUGAAGCCCAGUAGUGAUGAAGAGACUCCAGCCAGAGAAAAACCCAUCUAGAAGGAAUGUAUUUGUUGCUAAAUUUUGUAGCACUGUUUACAGUUUUCCUCCAUGUUAUUUAUGAAUUUUAUAUUCCGUGAAUGUAUAUUGUCUUGUAAUGUUGCAUAAUGUUCACUUUUUAUAGUGUGUCCUUUAUUCUAAACAGUAAAGUGGUUUUAUUUCUAUCACA